AUGAUACUUAAAAAUUGUUUGAUUAAUUCCCAGCAUUGUGUUAUCACUUUCAGAGACUACUUGCUUCACAUUGUUGGUCCAGACAUUCUUGCCAAGCAGCUGUCCACCUACCCUGGUUAUGAUAAAAACGUGGACCCUAGCAUCUCCAAUGUGUUCGCCACCGCUGCCUACCGAUUCGCUCACCUGAUGAUUCAGCCAUACGUUUUUCGUCUUGAUGAGCAAUACAAGGAACACCCUUUGUACUCCAGCCCACUGCUGCACAAAUCCUUCUUCGCACCAUGGAGGGUCGUCUUUGAAGGUGGUUUGGACCCAAUCCUCAGGGGCCUGGUGGGUAACCCGGCCAAGCUGAACACGCAGGAUCACAUGAUGUCUGAUGAGCUGAGGGACUGGCUGUUUACGUUUUUCGCUAAGUUGUCGAUGGAUCUGGCUUCCCUCAACAUGCAGAGAGGCAGAGACCAUGGAUUACCUGGUAAUUACCUAAUUGUCAUCACUAUUUGUGACAGGAAGACCACACAAGGGUUAAAACAGGGCUUCCUUUCUACCCUGACACCUGACAACAUCGAUGUGUGGCUAGGAGGAGUGGCUGAGCCCUUUGUCCCAGGAGGACGAGUAGGACCCUUGUUUGCAUGCUUGAUUUCCACUCAGUUCCAGAGAAUCCGCCAAUGCUUUCUGUGCAUUAAGACCUUCACAUUCACUUUUCUAUUCAAAUUUAACCACGCUGUCCCAUUUCAGACUUUGGUUGGAGCCUUUACUGAGGCUCAGAGGAGGCCCCUGAGAGAAACUUCCCUGGCUCGCAUCAUCGGUGAUAACACGGAUAUCACUGAUGUACCAGACAAGCCCUUCCAGUACCGGCCCCCGAGGGUCCGGGUACACCCACUGCGAGAGCGUCAGUGCCUUUGACCUGAGUCCAUAGAGGGA